UAUAGGCUCAACUCAUGCCAUGAACCCCCUCACAAAACUGAGCACUAAAAAGAGGCCAAGAACGUGUAGAGCAAUAUGCAAAGAUGGGAUAAGGCAUGCCUAGCAUAAUAAAUAUACAAAACAAACAUUGAAUACAAUAAUACUAAUUAGUCAUGCUUACGACUCAUGAUUCACUAACUACUACUCCUCCCCACACACAUAUUUGAAGAAACCAGUCAACUCUAUACAAAUCAUAUACACUUCAAACCAAAAAAGAGAAUAAGAGACAAAUGCAUAAGACAUAUUAAUCCUCCUAUAAAAACACCCUAUCAUCUCCUUUUUCAAAUCAAGACUCAACACUUCUCUCUUCCUUCUUACAAUCUUAAAACAUAACUAAACCAAACCAUGGAACUUCAAUUCCGUACCUCCUCUCCAACCAACAACAACACAACAUAUAAGCCCACAAACAGAAGCCCUAGCAAGAGCAAGUUUGUGGGAGUGAGGCAGAGGCCCUCGGGAAAAUGGGUGGCGGAGAUCAAGAACACGACCCAAAAGAUCCGCAUGUGGCUAGGCACAUUCGACACAGCUGAGGAGGCAGCUCUGGCCUAUGACGAAGCUGCCUGCCUCCUACGUGGAUCCAAUACACGCACCAACUUCUUGAACACCAUGCCUUGCAACCCAGCCCUCUCUUUGAAGAUCAAGAACUUGUUGAAUCAAAAGAGGAGCCAAAAUAAGGCCACUAUCCCUCCAACCGCUGCUAGAAGGUAUUCUGAUCAAGAUGUCAACAUCAAGGCCAUUGCUCGUAGCAGUAGUAGUAGAAGUUGUAGUAGCUCUCAAUACAGUACUAAUGACAACUUUAGCAGCAACCAAAUGAAGGGCUCUGUUGUUUUCACCUCCAAUCCAUCCGAGGAUGCAUAUAAGCCCGACUUCAGCCAUUUAGAGCCACAUUUCAAUCAGUGUAAUCAAGCUCUGGAUGUUGACACACCCGCGCUUCAACCAUAUGUCCCUAGAAGAGGUGGGGAGGGCGCAACUGAGGCAGCCCCAUUCCCGGAUUUUGAAAGAUUGAAGGUUGAAAGGCAGAUAUCAGCAUCACUCUAUGCCAUGAAUGGCAUAAAUGAAUACUGGGAUACCAUCAAUGAGUCAAAUGAUACUUUCUGGGAUAUUCAAACUCUCUGCCAAAUGUUUUGUCCAAGUUAAACAAAAAAAGUCAAUCAAAAUCAUUUUUCCAACAUUCUGAGCAUGUCAAAUAGUGGCUAAAUCAUGUUAGAAAGAAAUUGAUUGAGGUGGUGGUUGUUUGGGCAGAGUAUUAGAUUAUUUCAGAAACUUCUAGAGGGAUCAUCCAAUGUGCCUCGUUAGUUUAGUUUGUAUUUUGAUUUGGAUUUUCACCUAUUGAAGAUGAAGAACUUUCCUCAUCUUUAUAAUAGAAGC